CUUUUUUAUUCCCCCCCCCUCUCUCUCUCUCUGAUUCAUCACCGGUUUUUUAGUAUUUGCAGCGAUCGAAGAAGUCAUAGCCGCCGAUUCGACGGCCGCCAAACGUCUGGAGAUCCCUCUACUUCUUGGAUAUUCAACUUCUUCAGGGCCAUGAAUUCAAGCACGAUUCUACUCGAUCAACAGUUCUAACUGACAAUCUGUGUGUAUGUGUGUGUGUGUGUCUGCAUUUUAUUGAAUCAUGCUAAUCCGAUUGUCAAUUAGACUAACACAUGCAGACUUGAGUGUAUUUGAUCAAUGGUCCUGAUCUGCAAUAUGGCAAGAAAACAAGUCAGUUGUCUUACAUGACAACAAUAACGCGCACAUGGUCUUUCUUUAAUAAGGAUGUCCUCAUUUUGAAAAAAUGAGUUAUUGGUGGAUGGAAGUCAGGUGGAUUUGGUUCAUCUGAGUAGAGGCCAACUGUAUAGAAAACACAUGUUGAUGAUCAAAUGAGUAGAACUGAUGUUAUUUGCAGUAGAAGGAGGAGGGUUCUUCUCAUCUUCAGCUGCUGGGUAUAGCAAGGGCCUGGCCCUUCUUCUCUUGGGUCAGAAGGACGAAGAUAAACCCAUGAGAGUUUCGCCGUGGAAUCAGUACCGGUUGGUGGAUCAAGAAUUUGACACUGACCUCCAGCUGGCUUCCACAAAGAACCGACUUUCCCGCGGCUGCGCCUCCUUUGUCUGCUUUGGUCGCGCUUCCGCGGGGCUCGACACUCCAUCUCCUCUUAAAGUGGGCCCUGCCCAACAGCAGGAUAUUUUGCCUGGGUCUCUUGUUUCUGACAAAGGCAAGGAUCAUACUGCUGGUGCUGAUGAUGACCAUAUUGCUAGAAAGGUUGUCCUUAAAAGUAGCCUGAAGAAACCUUCCAAAAGAACUCCACUUUCUGUCGAGAGUGCUAAUGAACGUGAAGCAUUGAGUGAACCAGGUAGUGAUAUUCCUGGUCAUGUGGAAAGGAGGAAAGUGCAGUGGACAGAUGUUUGUGGGAGUGAGCUUGUUGAAAUCAGGGAGUUUGAACCCAGUGAAACGGAUGGAUCAGAUGAUGGAUUCGACGAUGGGAAUGAAAAAAGUUGCUCGUGUGUGGUUAUGUAGUUUGGCAUUUACCUGAUGAUGAUUUGGGCAUUUCUGCUCUUUGGAUGCAAAUACUGCAUCAGGUAACUUACCGCUAACAUAGCUUGUUUGGUUGAUUUACUUAUUUCCGAGUAGCACCGUGCAGAAUACCACCGUAGCAAGGACCAAGGAGUAUUAUAUCUCUCUAUGCCCGUCGGAAUGAACUUUCAUGUGUAUAUCAGGUUGCUGUGGGUUUUGUUUGUUAUUCUCCUUCUGUGUGACUGCAUUGUUCAUUAUUUUGUCAUAAUUAAUGUAUUAUUUUUUUGCCCUUA